GCUUCUGCCUGCUGAAUAGGUGCUGGCCAAGCAACGAAUGGAGGAAGAAGUUGUGGCUAGAAUUGAGCACGAAGACAAACCCGAAGAGAAUUUCUCUGGUCUUACUGAGGCUCUUAUGGAUUAGAGGGUAUGGUGGCUUGGUGUUGCUCUUAAUUUGUUGGUUUCCACGACCUCAUUCGCCACUUUCUUUCCAACGCUAUCCGCUACAAUGGGUUACAGCGCGACUACUAGCCUCUUUCUCUGCGCACCUCCGUGGAUUUUGGGCACUGCAACCUCGUUUGUUGUGGCCAGGCACUCCGACGUAACUGGUGAUCGCCUCUGGCAUAUUAUUGGUCCUCUACUUGUCGGCAUCGCUGGGUUUAUACUCGCAAUUUCUACUAUGAAUACGACUGUGCGAUAUAUAUCCCUAUUCUUAAUGACUCAGAGCCCAGUUGCUCUUGCUGUCUCUUUGACCUGGGUCAUGAAUACGUUUUCCCAAUCACAAUCUAAACGCGCUGCUGCUAUCGCACUAACGAACUCCAUGGCAUCAGCUGGUUUUGUUAGUUCAUCAUACUUUUGGCCGUCCAGUUGGGGACCUUCAUACGUGAACUCGUAUCUCUUGUGCAUCUUGACAAGCGUCGCGUGCAUUGCGAUGUGCUGGGUAUUUAGGGAGCACCUCUCCCGGUGCAAUGAGGCUGCUGAAGCUGAAGAGCGCAUUAUAGGGUUACCCAAGGGUUUUAGGUUCAUCCUCUAGCGCGUGGUUGGUGGCUGAUAGGAUCUUCUUGCGAGUCAUAAAUUGACUAUGGGGAGCUCCAUGAUGAUGGUACUUGUUUUAGGCCGUCGUCAGAUCGAUGUAUAAUUGCG